UCCCGGGCCGGGCUGCGGGGACCUGCAGGGUCAGACAGGCACCUGGGACCCUCCUCUAGCCCCGGGAAGGGAGCGGGGGCGAGUCGGGACAGACGGCUCCUGUCGGGGACAGACAGCUGGUGUCGGGGGCAGACAGCUUCUGCCGGGGACAGACGUACAGACAGCUCCUGCCGUUCACUCCUGGCCCGAGAGACCAGCCGGCGGAGAGCUCCUGCCUGCCCCGCCAGCCUCACCGCCCCGCAUGGCUUUGGGUGGUUUGGACAGCACCGUUCUUAGGCUGCUGCGAUGGUGCUACUCAUGCUUAUCCUUUUUACCUAUUUCCCCCCAUCCCCAGUGGACGGUUUGCCAGCACUAACGCCAACAAUAACAGUCACGGCAAAGCCAAACUCGCCGGCUGGUGCUGCAGCCGGGCAUGGCCGCUGCUCCGGCCGCCGCAGGGACGCGCUCCAGGCGGCACGCACGGCACAGCAGCUCCGGACGCGGCGUCUCGGGUCCUUAUCUGCAGAACAGGAUUGAGUCUGUCUGCUCUGUUUCGCUGAAGGCCUGUGAAAUGCUGAGAUAAAGGGCUAUGCUGUUUACUGAAAGAUAUAAUGGCUGUCAAACAUGAUUAUCUUUACCAAUAUAAAAUUGGCAGUGGAAUUUUAAAUACAAAGAGAUGGCAUUUGGGCUGCAUUUUGAAAAUCAGUAUGUCUUUUCCAUGUUCAUAUAUUUCCUUUUGCAGUAUGGAUUUAUAAAUACAUGCCUGAAGUCUUUGGUGGUUGAAAAGUAUGGUGAAGAAACAUGGGAAAAAUUAAGACUGCAGGCCGGAGUCCAGGAUUCUUUCUUGACUUUUGAGGUAUACAAAGAUGAGAUCACAAUGCAGCUAGUCGACAAAGCCUGCAAAAUAUUAGGUGUUCCUGCUGACGUGGUUCUGAGAGAGUUUGGAGCAUAUUUCUUUGAAUUCUGUAAACGCUCAGGCUAUGACCACAUGCUGAGGACACUGGGUGGAAAUCUCUAUGAAUUCAUAGAGAACCUGGAUGCAUUGCACAGCUACCUGUCCCUUUCUUACCAGGAGAUGAAUGCCCCAUCUUUUAGAGUAGAAAAGAAUGAAGACGGGUCAAUGCAUUUACAUUACUAUUCAGAUAGAAGAGGUCUGUGCCAUAUUGUGCCAGGAAUUAUUGGUGCAGCAGCCCUGGAUUUUUUUAACAUUGAGAUUUCAAUGGAAAUAGUCAAUCAAACAGAGGAAGAAGAAAGAACUGGUAAAAAAGAACAUAUUGUUUUUCUUGUCACUCAAAACCCUGUAUUUUCAUACAAGGAAAGAAAGACAUUUUCUUCCUCUCCUCAAUAUCUUGCUGACUGUGAAAAACAAAUUGAGAACCCACUGACUACAGAGCAGGACCUUGAAAAAGCCAAGAAUACAAUUAGAGACAGAGGAAGCUCUGUUUGUCCUGUCAAGAAAAGUCACUGGAAAACAUUAAGAGGAGUAAUCACAUUAGGAAAAGGUAAGCUCCUGAGAGGAUUUGAGCCUGUUUAUCCUAAGAGCCUCUGGAUUGACACAAAAACAUUUUGCAAUGGACUUCCUUUUCAUAUGGUUUUUGACAAAGAGCUCAGAGUGAAGCAAGCUGGGGUGAGCAUUCAAAAGAUUGUACCUGGCCUUCAGACCAUGGGCAUCUGCUUGGAUCACUAUUUCAGUAUUGUUCAUCCAGAGGUACCCUUCACCAUCUCUAGCAUUCAGAAAUUCAUCAACAGCCAAUUUGUCUUCCAGACUAGAAGAGAGAUGAUGCCAGAAUCAUGGAAACAACGGCCAAUGCUAGAGCUGAGAGGCCAGAUGAUCUGGAUGGAGUCCCUGCAGUGCAUGCUCUAUCUCUGUUCACCUUUGCUUCGCACUUUGCAUGAACUGGAGGAGCGACAGAUGCAUAUUGCAGAUAUUGCACCUCACGAUGUGACCAGGGAUCUGAUUCUUCUCAAUCAGCAGCGACUGGCAGAGAUGGAGCUCUCUAACCAGCUGGAGAGGAAGAAGGAAGAACUGCGGAUACUGUCGAAGCACCUGGAGGAUGAGAAGAAGAAGACUGAAGCUCUGCUCUAUGCCAUGCUUCCUCAGCAUGUGGCCAACCAGCUGAAAGAGGGGAAGCGAGUUGAGGCAGGAGAAUUCAAGGAGUGCACCAUAUUAUUCAGCGACGUUGUGACCUUUACCAACAUUUGUGCCCAAUGUGAGCCUAUUCAGAUAGUUCUCAUGUUAAAUUCAAUGUACCUACGAUUUGACAGACUGACGACAGUGCAUGAUGUGUACAAGGUGGAGACAAUUGGAGAUGCCUAUAUGGUAGUAGGUGGCGUCCCUGUUCCUGUCCCCACCCAUGCUGAGCGAGUUGCUAACUUUGCCUUGGGGAUUAUAAUAGCAGCUAAAGGAGUACAGAACCCAGUUUCUGGAAAUCCUAUUCAGAUUAGAGUUGGGAUCCAUACAGGUCCUGUCUUGGCUGGAGUUGUUGGAGAAAAGAUGCCUCGUUAUUGCUUGUUUGGAGACACGGUGAAUAUAGCUUCCCGGAUGGAGAGUCAUGGUGUCCCGAGUAAAAUUCAUCUAAGCUCCAGUGCCUACCAAUGCCUAAAAUACAAGAAUUUUGAGAUGACUGAAAGAAGAGAAAUAGAAGUGAAAGGCAAAGGGAAAAUGUAUACAUACUUCCUCAUUAGAAAUAAAACUGCAACUGAGAAUGAGAUUAUGGGAAGGCCAAUGAAAGACUUAGAUUCUGGCCAUGAAUCUGUUCAGUCUUUUCAAGAAGGCAGGACUGAAACAGUACCAAGUUGUCAUCAGCCAGUUACUCAGACUCAGCCAGAGAAGGACCAGACCCCAGCCAUUGCAAUGAAGUAUAUUGAUGCCCCCACAGAGGCACAAAACAGCCUCAAAAGAAGAAAUCAAGCGAAAAUUGCAGAUUUAACAGGCAAAAGUUAUGAUUUCGAAAGUGAUGGGAGUCUCCAUGGCAACCAGCAUGCGGAUGAUGGUCCUUGUCCUCUAAACCAGAGAAGAAUCAAACCUGCUACUGAAGAGCCACAGAUCAGAAAUGUUCGCUCUAAUUUCUGCACUUUACUCUAAGUUUCUUACUUUUUACAUUAAACAGAACAAUUUUAUUAUGAUUUAGUGCAUUUUACUGUUGUGGGACUGAUUUUGUAUAUCACAUGACUUUGUAAAAAAAUUUUUAAAAAGACAUUUCAUCAGUUUUCAGUGAAAAGUAAACAAUGGAGGAUACUUUUUUUUUAGUCAGUCUACACAUGUCAUAUAAUACUCCCAGUGGAGAAUGAAACCACCACAAGAUACUUUGAAGACAUAUUUUUCAGCCUCUGCCAUGUCUUUGAAUAUCUCUAUGUGAAAAAAAAAAAAUCACUUUUUGGUAUCUCAUGCAGCAAUUGAGAAAGAGGUGACUCAUCCAGCUAGAAAUAUUCCUAUUCAAAUGAUCACUUGCCAUAAAAGAAACAUUUCCUGAAGUGACCAUCCAUCUUGACUUCAGCACAGCUAACAAGUUUAGCAGAGUUUGAUCUACAUUUUAACUUCAAUAUGUUCACAGGUCUUUUGUUGGGCAAAGGUGUUAUGCAGUAGAAGUGCAGAAUAGAUUUAAUACAACCUGUAUUUUUCCAUUCUGAAGAGACAAUAUUCUGUACUUUAUAGCACACAGCUGUGAAAAACCCAUCUGAACCAGCUGUCUGUGCAGUGCUUAGGAGAUCACAGAAAGACAUGCAUAUAGUGGGAUUAUGUACCAUCGAAUUCAUCACAACACUGAGGGACUGUUCAAGGCCUGAGAACCAUUUGAGACCUUCAAACAAGUUUCAAGUUUAUUCAUCAUUUUUUCUCAUCCCAGCUAAACAAAAAUAAGGUUUCAGGCAUACAGAGGGAGCCUAUCAGUGCUGGAAUUAAUGCUCUUAUCAUUGAAAAUAACAGACUUAAAGAUCUGGUGUCAGAGGCUUCUGAGCUGAAUUACUUCCAUGCUGAUAUAUUCUUAGAUUAUACCUGAUCACGACAGAAAAAAACUGAAGUUCAACAAUCAGGGAUUUAAAAUGAAGGAGGAAAAAUACAAUGGAUAUUAAGGUUGUUGGCAAUUUGGCACAUCAUCUAUUGUCCUCUCAUUCCUGUAAGCGGAACUUGGGGUAGCUGGAAUGUACUUGCACUGGGUGGCUUUGACAGGAGAUGCACCCACAGGCUGAUUUAUUACCUUUGGGCAUGGAUUUGUUGUCUAAGGAUGCAAGCAUGAGACCCAUUUGAGCUUUGGAGCAAGAACUCACAGAAGAUGAUAAUGUUACUCCUCUGUUACAGUCUGGAGCAUCACUUUUCCACCUCUGUGGCAAGAGUGAAGCUCUUUAAACACCAGACAGAGAGGUAAGACUGAUGCCACCUCCUCCUCUCUGUAGUAUAAUGAGAUGAAAUUUCAGCUAGUUAGAUCUUCUUUUUAAAUAUUUGAGAAAGUAGCUUCUUUGUCUGAGUGCUCUGCAUCUCUGUCUGAGUUAGCAGGUAGUAGAGGCCAACAGAGGAGGAUGUGUAGAGAGAAAAGUCAGUGCUGUUGCCCACACUGUAGGUAUAUCAGAGGGUUUGCUGGUCCCAUGCACUGAAUACCUAUUAGCUUCUGGAGCACCUUAUAAGCGCAUCCUCUUAGUUGCACCCUCUGACUUAGUGUGCUUUGAGACUGCUCUGCAGUGGGAGACCAAGUACAGUAAGUGGGUUUGACCAGGAAAUUCACUCAGGAAGGCAUUCCUGACUCUGAAAUGCUGCCAUAGAUGUACCCUUUAACAUGAGCACUUUCCAUGGUACAACUGAGCAGUACCAUUCUGGGGGAGCACAGUUUUAUGAAUGGCAGGAUUUAUUUAUUUGUAAGGAUUUUGCUGUCUAGGCACUGUUCAUUAUUUUGGUGAGGGUGAGAUCUACUGUAGGUUGAAGAUUCAUCUAAGAAUUAUCAUUAUUGUUGUUGUUGUUAUUAAGUUGGGUGUCAAGAUUUUAAACAUUAGACUGUGUGCUAUCCUCAGAUGCACAACAUUUAAAUUUCGCCUUCAUCCUUAGUGACUACUCCUCACUGAUCCUGUGUUCAUGGCUUAGCACUUCUGUAUUAUGACCAUAGCUUUAAAAAGACUUGCCUGAAGAAAGAAUGCCCAAUUUCUCUCUGACUUAGAAUGAUGUAAAUGUGAAGUAACAGUUAAAUCAGUGCUAUCCCACUGAUCUAAGCUGAGAAUCAACUCUGACAAUACUUCUUUGUCUCCAACCUAGAGUUGUGUUUCACUACUCUUGACUUGUUGUGCUGAUGGAACAGAGAACAUGUCAUUUAACAAAUGGCAGUGGUGGACUCUGUCUUUAUCAGCAUUCGCUAUGGAGAUUUAAAGCCACUUAGCCCCAAGCACAGGUGUGACACCAGAGUGGCCAAUGCUAAUGCAGGAGGGAACUUCUUGCUGUCUCAGCUGCUCUUGCAGUCCCAUACCUGCAUGGCUGAGUAUCACUAACUAUCUCUCUAAAACAAAGUAUUUCCAGUUGGAAAUGCUCUGUAGUCCAACCAGCCUGGCCAGCAGUGACUAGAGUUUAGUCUCUACUCUGGAGAAGGCUUAGGUAGAAGCCCAGGGCUCCUCUGAACUUGUAUGGAUCCUCUUGGGAAGAAGAAAAGGACUACACCUUAAUUGCUGCCUCUAUCUCUCUGCCCAAAUUUUAACACUUGCUUUGCUUAUACCUGCCUUUUUUUGCACUGGACAAUCUAUGAAUGUUUACUAUUGGAAUGUUUUAAUUGCCAGUAAGUCCUACAUGGUGACUUCAUGCUGUACUGUCGUAAAACUGAUGUGCUCAGUGGUUUCUCUGUGGCCUCUGCUACAAUCUGGUUCUCCUGGAGACGCAAAGCUUGGUCAUAUCUGCACAACUGCUUUCAAAAAUUAAUGUGCCUGUGCAUCAUCAUGUGUUCUUAAAUCUGUGGGCACUGCUAAAGACUGCAAAAGUAUAAUUCAAAAAUAAACCUUUCCAUUAAUAUA